AUGAAAUCCGAAAAUGAUGUAGAAUAUACGAUAAAGCAGCCGGAUUUGAAGGAUGCGUCUGUACCAAACGCGGAAAAUGCAGGGAAAUCGACGGAUGAAAUGAUCACAGCGCCCGAUGAUGAUAUCGAGAAGGAGGACGAUGGUGAAAUUGAGGUUGGAAAGGAAAAUAGCAUCAAGCCAACACAUGAUCGACAGAGCUGGACAAUUCGACUCUUAUCAUCUGAUAGCUUUGAUGCAUCGAUGGCAGUCGAGUACUUGAACUCGAUUCAGGAUAAACCCAGUCUCACUUUUCUUGGAAAGCGACUGUUCGAUUUGCCGGAGAAAGACUUGGAUUUCUACCUCCCCCAGCUGAUGUAUCUCUACGUCACCAAAGUCGACGCGGCUAGUGUUUCUCAUGCUUAUAUUGAAGAGAGACACAAAAACGACGCUCAAUUCACCGUGUUGUGCAUCUGGCUUCUCAACUGCUUCACUCGAAACGUGCCAAACAAGUAUGAGAAUCACGCACUGAUGCUGAAAAGCUUGCUCAGCAAAACAAAUAGUCCCGGGUCAAGCAUUGAGAGUAUGAACAUAUUGUCACUGGAUCGACUAGAAGAGACAAAUUGGACAGUUGGUUCGACAUAUGGCAAAUACAACGGGAAUUUCUAUCAUUCGGAGGUGCAAAGUCAGUCGACAGCUCUCAAUGCGACACUGGACUCGUACGAGAAACCUCGUUACGGACCAAUCAGCUCGCAAAUCCUGACGAAUCAACAAAACUUCAUCGGCCGACUUGUGUUUAUUGGUGUAAAACUGACACAACAACACUUGUUCAGUUCGAAACAAGAGAAGACAAUUGCGUUACAAUCAGAGCUGAAUAUGUUGAAUUCUAUGCUGCCUACAGCAGUGUGGAUUCCAUUUGACUUUGAGAAUACAAUUUUUAACAUUUGUGUUGAUGAAAGUGCAGUGUUGAAUAGCAAGGAUAAGGUGCCAUAUGUGUUUUUCGCAGAGGUUGUUCGGUCUUCACCCCACUACAACAACGUCAAAACACCUGCAUCGUUGGAUCAAAAGAUGAAAAGAUCACAAAGUGAGAGUAUCUUGCUGAAAAACAAGAGCUAUCACGACUCAACGGACCCUUCGAUUGCAGUUUUUGCCGAGUCUUGGGCGGAAAAGAAGUCUCGGAUUAGAGGAUCGAGUCGUUAUGAAAACCACCAGAAAUGGGAUUUAAUUCCAGUAAUAGUCAAAACCGGCGAUGAUCUGUCACAAGAAGCAUUUGCUCAACAACUUUUGUUUACAUUCAAGGAUCUCUGGCAAGAGGAAGGAGUUCCCUUAUAUCUGCGACCUUACAAAAUUGUGUGCAUCGGAUCUGACGCUGGAUUAAUUGAACCUGUUCUUGACACAUUGUCUCUCCACCAAAUCAAACGCCACCUUACAAACCUGUUCCGCAUGAAUGGAAACCCUGCAACACCCUUGCUGAAGCAUCAUUUUGAGAAUGUAUUUGGUCCUGUAAAUAGUGAAACUUAUGUGAAUGCUCAGAAGAACUUUAUUCAAAGCACUGCGGCCUAUAGUCUUGUCAGCUACUACUUACAACUGAAGGACCGUCAUAAUGGCAACAUUUUAUUGGAUAUGGAAGGCCAUUUGAUCCAUAUUGAUUACGGGUUCUUGCUUUCAUCGUCCCCGAGGAAUCUUGGCUUUGAAACUGCGCCAUUUAAAUUGACAACUGAAAUUAUUGAUGUGAUGGGAGGAAUAGACAGUGAUAUGUUCCUAUAUUUCAAGAGUUUGCUGCUCCGUGGACUCAUGGCUGCCAGAAAACACCAUCGUCGUAUUGUAUCUCUUGCUGAAAUUAUGUCUUCGGGUUCCAAAAUGCAAUGCUUCCGCGCUGGAGCCGAGACAGUCCGAGCACUCGAGGCACGAUUCCAUGUGAGCAGCACUGAUGAACAACUCCAACAACUGGUCGAUACUCUUGUAGAAGGUUCCCGGGAUAGUUACACAACACGGUUCUAUGACUCAUUCCAGUAUUAUACUAAUGGAAUUCAUUGA